GGCUUUUGAAAGGAUAUGACAUCAGCCACAUCCCUCGCUUUGUACAGUAUGGUCUGUCUGAUCUCUGGCUGCACACCAAGUGAAUGAGGAGGUGUUUUGUUAAAUCUGCUCACAGGUACUCGAGUUACUCUGAACCUGCUGCCGGCACCAAGUUCCAGUCUGCUGCGAAGUCUGCUUGACUUGCACACACGGAGUCUGCCUAAUAGAUUACUUGCGUAACUAGGAUUUUUAUCAGGGAGGAUGGAAUUUGAACUCUCAAGACCAACUGUGAAGUGAAAUAACAGAAAUUUGACUGCCUAUUGUGGAAUGGAUGGUUCAGGAGCAAAGGGAAAUGCCAGUAAAUACCAGGGAGUGGAAGGACAGUCACAUGCAACUUCUCUAUCAAACCCACUGAUGAGUGAUUUUGUUUCAGACUGGUCUCCCUUACAUGAUGCCUCUAUCCACGGGCAUUUGCUUGCUCUGAAGAAACUUAUCAAUCAGGGGAGCAGUGUUAACCUCAUUACAGCAGAUCAUGUGUCUCCUCUCCAUGAAGCCUGCUUAGGGGGCCAUCCUGCUUGUGCUAGUGUGCUGUUAAAACACGGGGCUCAGGUGAAUGGAGUUACUAUUGACUGGCACACUCCUUUGUUCAAUGCCUGUGUCAGUGGCAACGUGGCUUGUUUGAAUCUAUUAUUACAGCAUGGAGCCAGCCCACAUGCACCAUGUGACCUGGCUUCCCCUAUCCAUGAAGCUGCUAAGAGAGGACAUAUUGAAUGUGUUGAAUCCCUCACAUCUAAUGGAGUAAGUAUCGACCUCAACAUCAAACAUCUGGGUACUCCGCUUUAUGUGGCUUGUGAGAAUGAGCAGGUAGCCUGUGCCAAGAAGUUACUUGAAUCAGGAGCAAGUGCAAAUGGUGGCAAAGAUCUGGAUUCUCCUCUCCAUGUGGCUGCCCGAAAUUCCAGCGCUGACCUGGUGCACUUGCUCAUUGACUUUGGAGCUGAUGUGCGAGCUAAGAAUGCAGAAGGCAAAAGGCCAGUGGAGCUGGUUCCACCAAGCAGCACUUCAACACAAAUAUUUGUGCAGAAAGAAGUUAUAGCGUUAUGAAUACUUCUGCAGAAACCAGUGGGCCGCAAACUUGAAUCUCACUCAAGGGAAAGGAUUUUGAAGAAAGCAUUAAUCAUCUCUUAUUUUCAAGCAACAGAAAGACAUUUUGUGUUAUAGCUUGUAGGAAAAUAAUACAGCUACUAAUUAUACCUGUAUAAGGUAUGUAUGUAUGUAUAAGGGAUUAAGAAUGACUGUGUUUGGUUCUAAGACAACACAUUUACCUUUCAGAGUAGCAGCCGUGUUAGCCUGUAUCCGCAAAAAGAACAGGAGUCCUUAUGGCACCUUAGAGACUAACACAUUUAUCUGAGCAUAAGCUUUCGUGAGCUGUAGCUCACUUCAUCGUAUUUACCUUGUGGGCUUGACUUACCACUGCCUUGCCUCUUGUAUGGUCAUUUACACCUGGGCAAUGUGGGGAUAAAUUGCUUCUACUCGAGUAAGUGAGAGGAGAUUUCUCAUUUGAUAGUGUUUAGCGCCUGUUUUUGCGCUAGAGUAAAUGACUGCACCAGGAGCAUAGCAAUGGGGAAUCGGUCCCUGUGUGCUGUUUUCAGUAUUCAGCUACAAAAUCUAUUUAUAAAUUACAAUCUUUCUCAGAGCCAGUGCUAGGCAUAAGCAGACUAAGCAAUUGCUUGAGGUCCUGAGCCGCUCAUGGGGCCUCCUGUUUGCUUUUUUAAUAUGUGUUGUGUGUGGGCCCCCCCCCCCAAAAUAUUCCAGCGUAGGGCCCCCAGUGGGCUAACACCACCUCUGAUCUCCCUUAAAAAACUAACUACCUGCUCCAAACACCUUAUGACUAAAAUUAUUUGGUAAAGAAUUUCUAGUGAGUUGAGCUUUUAGGAGCCUGCGGGAGCUGAGAACUUGGGAAUGUUGCCCUUAAGUAAAGGUGGUCUAGCCUGUACUACACAAAAGUUGGCCUAGUUACAUAUCUACAGUUUCAGUUCUGUGACAACUGAUCUUGGGUCAAUAAAAUCACAUGUUAUAACUUGUCUUGUGGCAUCUUUCUCCAGGGCCCCUGUCCUUGAUGCAGUUGUGCCGCCUGUGCAUUAGGAAGUGCUUCGGACACAAACAACAUCAUAAAAUAACUGGACUUCUGCUCCCGGAUGAGCUGAAACAUUUUCUUCUCCACAUUUAAACAUUUUGUAUUCAAAACCAUACCAGUAAAAAUAAGGCGAGGUUUGCCAUAGUGUUGCCAACUCUUGCAAUUUUAGUGUGAGUCUUGUGGUAUUUGAUGUUUCUUUGAAAGCUCCAGCUGGUGGAGUCAUGUGCUUAGAUGAGAAUCUCAAUUUUCAUUAAAAAAGAAGUAAUUUUCUAGCCCUCAUGGCUGUGGAGAAAAGCUUGAUAAUGUGACCCAGCUCAGAAACCAGAAAGCAAGUAACAUGAGGACGAAAUUUAUCAUUUUUGUAAAGAAAAUCUCAUGAUUCUUUAAGGCCUGAUUUUUGAAUGCUUGGGGUUGGCCAUACUGCAGUACAAACAUCAUCUCAGAUUUAAUAAAUAAGAAGGAUGGCUGAAGUCUUGCUUUAAGCAGCAACCACCUAGGAUGCCCAUGUUGGCCAUAGAAGAUGUUCCACAGUCUUGUUGCCUUUUAUGUGUAAGGAAAUGGAGCCAAUUCCAACCCUGAAAAGCAAGUAGGGAGAUCUGGCGUGGGAAAACUGGUUAAUCAUUUGGAGCAGACAAUUCAACUCUUUGAAAGAUGAUCAAAGAAUUUGCUGAAAAUUUCUUCCUAGAAUUGAAAGAAAAGUAAAGAAAAGACAGUGAAUGUCAAUUAUUUUAUUGAGCUAGGUUAUUUCUGCCCUUCAUGUUUUAAACAUGAAAAUAUUAACUAGUUCUCAAAGAAUAUUCUGUGUUUUCAGAAUACCCAACAGUGCAUAUAGAUGAGCACCAGCCAACAAUAAUCUAUUCAGACAGGCAUCUGAAACUGUUAGGGGUUUACAUUAUUGUCAUUACAGCAUAGAGAUCAUUGUUGAGGGUAGCUUCCUGCAGUUGGGAAAUAGUAGGAAAAUUAUUUUUGAUCAGCCAUUAAAAACACUUAUUCACUGAUGUGUUUUGAGACUUAAUGGCCUCCUAUCUCAGUAUAAUUUCUCCCUUAAGGAUACAUUUUUCAAGGACACAUGUUGGCAGGGAGGAAGUGUUCUUCCGCUUUAUGGUUUGAAUGAAAAGUGAAAUUUCCUAAGGAUUUAUCAGCAGUUCAUCAAAAAGGACAGCUUCAUUUUUUUUCCUCCAGAAAAAGUUACCAAAGAGUUCAUUUGAAGGGUGAAAUAAAAAUCUUUCUUGGAAAACAUUCUACCUCUUUCUUAACAUUUCCCACAUGAGAGACAAUAGAAACAAUUAUCUUUAUUGUAGAAUAAUAUAGUAAAUAAUGAAAACAUAUAAAUAGUUAGAAAAGUCCAUCCCAUAUAAAUACUUUGAAAACUCUAGUUCUUUCCAGUCUUUCGAAACUAAAAAUAAAAUUAGAACAAUAGUGAAUCUGCGCCUCCCCCAUUUUUUUCCCCCUACUUUAAUUUGGAUGUUGGUCAACCAAACACAAAGGUUUAAAUUCUGUCUCCACUGAAGUAAAUGGCAAAACUCUUGUUGACAUUAGUGGAGCCGGAUUUCAUGCAACAAGACUCAAUUUUAGAUUUAUUCACAAAUAUUCUACAAGUUCUUUGAGGUCUGAGUAUACUUUUUUGGGUGGAAAGAAUGAUUAUAGUGCAUUUUAGCUAUUCUCUCUCUCUCUGCAGGUAGCUCUCUGCAUUGACUCUCUGUUCAAAGAACGUUUGAGUCUGAAUAGAGAUGGAUUUGAAGCAAAACCCCAGAACUGCACACUCUGAAUUUGGGAAAGUCUGGAUCAGGAUCUGAGUACAAACAUUCUAGCUCAGUCUCAUCUCUAAUUCUGAAUCAUGGUGCUUUUAUAUAGUGCUUAAGCAUUAAUAUACCAGGUGCAUAUACUUUGGGAUAUCGACAUACUGUCCAUCUCAAAAGAAUACACAUGUAGAUCCGAAUGCUGCAAUUCAGUAAAUAACACUUUCAAAAAUAAUUUUCUCCUUUUCCAAUUGCCAAGACCUCACUAGGAUUGUGUUUCCCAUGCAGAAGCUGACUGCAUUAUUAACAUGCAGAGUGUAUGAAAAUGGUUUGCAUUCAGUGCUGGUGAUAUCAUUAACUUCUGCAGGAGGAAAUACACAGUACUUAGCAUGUAAAAGGACACACAGCUUUUCAAACACACAGCUUUUCAAAUAGAGCAUCUUUUUAAAAACUUUUCCAAUACACCUGUAUGGUUUACACAGUGGACAAACAUGGGAACUUUAAUAGGAUGUCCAGAUUUCCAAUUGUAUGCUCAUAUUUGGUCCUUUGGUAUGUAAAAUGAGCAUUUACAUCCCUACCUGGCAUACAGAUGUGGGCUAUAGAUACCCUGCUUAAAGGCUUGAUCCCAGGACUAUUAAGUCAACAAGACUACUUCCAUUGAUUUUAAUGAGCAUUGGAUCAUGCCCUAAAUACCCACAUUUGAAAACUAAAUAUUCAGCUCUCCAAAUUUUAGGAUCAGAAACAGUAAGUAAUUUUGUCUCAACAGUUUUGCCAGUUACUUUUAAACUUCUGAUUUUGUGACCUCAAUCAGUGUGUUUGUAGGGCUAAGCUAAUAUCCUGAGAUGCUUAAUCAUAUCAGGUGGUGAGGGCUGGUUUUUGAGAUUUGUUUACCUUUUGAAGAUUUAAUAACUUGGCUCUGUUUACCUGAAUCUUUUUAUCUUGUAUAACUAGGAUGAAUUCUCUAUGCUCAUUUUCCAUCAUCUCAAUAUAUUUAUUUUUAAAUCAUUCAUGAUUGAAACUGAUGGAUUUCAGUUUUAUGCACAGAUAUCUUUGAAACUAUAAGGUAAGAUAUUUCCAAACUUGAAAUCAUGUCAAAUGCCACUCAGUGUUUGAAAGACUGUCAUGAAUAUAUUUUUGUAGAUUCUAGGCUGUCGUUUUGUUAAAGGAUUCUAUUUCAGCAAUUUUUAACUAGACUAUUCAACCACUAUUGUACAUGAUGUUUGCUCAAAAUAUAUUGUGUAUAUUC